AAAGCAGAGCGGGGUCCCCGCCGGGCCUUUGAUGUCUCCGGAGCUUUGAUCUUCUUCAGCCCCGCCCUCCUCUAGCGGGGGUGGGGGGGGGGCUGAGAAACCGACGCAUGGAUCACCAGCGGGAGAAGAAACUGACCAACAUCACCAUCGGGCUCCUGUUCCUAGCUGGGGGCAUCGAGUAUGCCGUGAUCCUACCCACCAUUUGGGCCUACCUGCAGAUGCUUGACGCCGAGCCCUACUUCCUGGGGCUGGCCAUCUCCGCCUUCAGCUUCUCCGGGCUGCUCACGGGGCCGCUCUUCGGUUACUGGUCGGACCGCACCCGCCAGACAAAGGCCAUCAUCCUCUUUGCCAACUUAUUUCAGAUCGCUGGGAACUUCAUGUACUUUGUCGACGGCUCCAAAUGGAUGAUACUCAGCAGCCGGCUCGUAGCAGGUGUGGGGACAGGAGCGGGGGCGUCCAUUUUCGGCUACCUGACGCGAUCCACCACGUCGCAGGAGCGCGCCACGGUGUUUGCGGCGGUCAUGGCUUGCCGGCAGGUCGGACUGCUUAUCGGGCCGGCCUGCAACCUCUUCCUGUGUCUCUUUGACUUCCAGCUGGGACCCUUCAUGGUCAACAAGUACACCUCGCCUGGGCUCUUCAUGUGUCUGGUGUGGCUCAUUCUUCAGUUCAUUGUGAUGGCCCUGUAUCACGACCUCCCGCUUUUGCCGCCCCCUCGCUCGGAGCGGGUCGUGCCCGCGUCGUCAGACGUGUUAGCGGAGGAGGAGGAAGAGCCCCUGAUGCAGCAUGAGGGGGGCCAGGAGGAGGCAGCGGAGACGAGUAGCUACGGGAGCACCUGCGCAGAGCCCCGGGGGCCUGUCGUGGGGGAUGACUGCCGUUACGUGCCGAAUGGCCACUUGGCGGAUGAGGAGGCGGCUGGUGUGAGAGAGAAGAACCCCUUUGGUGACUUCAGCGCCUGGAGAGAGUAUUUGAGGGAGGAAGUGGUGGUUCUGCUCACGGCCCAGUUCAUCACCCUCUUCAACCAAACAGCUCUGGAGACCAUGGUGACGCCCAUCACUCAGCGGUACCUGAACUUUGGGGAGUUGGAGAACAGCCUCAUGUACUUCCUGUGCGGUGUGGAGGUCAUUUGUGGCUUCUUCCUGGUCCGCUGCCUCAGCUCCCGCUUGAAGGAUCGUGUCCUCCUGGUGGUUGGCCUGGUCAUCUGCAACGUGGCCUGCGUCUGGUGCUUGCUUUUUCUGGCCCGGCCCCGAGGCAGCUUUGCUUUCCUCCUCACGGAGCUGGUGGUGGGCAUCUUCCUGCAAGUCCUGGGCCUGCCCUUCGUCGCCGUCUCCCAGGUGUCGCUCUUCUCCAAGGUCACGGCAGAGAGGACACAAGGGUUCAGCCAAGGCCUCCGCCGCUCUGUGGGGGGCGUCGCAACAAUCCUGGGGCCGCUGUGGGCCGGCAGCUUGACGGAUAACUUGUACAUCAUGCUAGGAGCCAUGAUGGUGCUGCUGACUUUAUUGACGAUCAUGGUGGGGCUCUCCUACGGUUAUCUGGUCGAGCCGGCAGGAGGCUACAUGCCUGUGGAUGCAGCAGCAGCAGCCCAAGACGAAUGCAGCUCGUGAGAGUACCGUCGAUUGGAGGUGCAUUGGAAGGGAUGGAAUAGCUCGCACUUGCCCAGGUGUCCUCCUGGCUGGAUCCUGGUUCCACGCUGUCGCUCUUCUUGCGGGACGAGAAGCGGGAGAGAGCUUGCGUCCUUCCGGAGAGUGGCGCCCAAUGCAGCUGAUGGCUGGACUUCUUUUCCUCUCCCUUUUUUCACAUCCGGAUGCCGCCUCCUCUGGCCGCACCUGCCUCGGUGGCCCAGGCCUGGGUUUAAUGCUGCUGUACGUGGAACGGCAUACCCUUCUGCGUUCACGCCGGCACCCUCUUUCUGGGCUGCCCUGGGUACUGGCGAGCUGUUGGCUCUGGUCGCAGCAGCCUCAGGAUGGGGAGCGCCCUUGUUUCUCUCUGAGUGGAGCACCCGUGCCCCCCCCCACCUCCCGUAGUCCCUCUCUGUGAUUCGGUCGCAGCAGCAGUUGCCGCUAUGCUGUCACAUGGCGGUAGGAGCACGGCGGGGCCUCGAGGUAAUAAAGGGCUGCGAAUGAAA